AUGUUUGGGAACCGUUGUUUGGUGGCGGUGGUAGCCACGUUCUGUGCGGUUGCAUUGUACUUUUACUUUCGUGAGGAUGAGACAGAGUCCGACAUUGUCGAUGAAAACCGGUUGAUGUGGAAAAUUGCCAACAAGGAGCAGAAGAAAGGCAGGAAAGGAUACCAAGGAGAACACGUUGCAGCGGUGAAGCCUCGGGGCCCGCCUGUGAUUGUCUCGGGACGAAAUGAUACCCUGCAGAAGAAAACAAGUGAAAUACUACAUGACCCCCGUGCCGUGUUCAAGAGUAACAUGAACAAGACCAUAGUGAAGAAAAUGGUGAAGGAGGUUUACGAUGCCCGUCUGAAUCACAUCGAGACUGCAAUCAAGAAUCUUGACAUGAACGAAAGCACAAUAAUGCAGAAGAUGGCGGCAUUGCAAAGGUUGAAUCAUGAAGCGGGAUCGAACGUUGCAGAUGUUGGCAAGUUGAAAGAGCAACUCAAUCGUGUAAGUAAGAUUGUUGAGGUCCUCCUCGCAAGGCUGAGUGCCGUUAACGCGACUAGAGAGGAGGGUGGCGAAGGUAGCAUUGAUGAUGAUGAUGAGGAUGAGGAUGAUGAUGAUGAUGAUGAUGAUGAUGAUGAUGAUGAUGAUGAUGAUGAUGAUGAUGAUGAUGAUGAUGAUGAUGAUGAUGAUGAUGAUGAUGAUGAUGAUGAUGAUGAUGAUGAUGAUGAUGAUGAUGAUGAUGAUGGAGAUGAUGAUGAUGAUGAUGAUGAUGAUGAUGAUCGAGAUGAUGAUGACUGGGAUUCCAAUGACCAUGACGACGACAAUGUCGAUGACGAUGUUUCUUAUAGUUGCCAAAGGGAAAAAGUUCGAGUAGAAUCUAUCAAGCCAAGGCCGAUGAACUCAACAGCCUCUCCUGCUGAGGGAGCAGCUCGUGUGCGGGUGGGAAAAGAUUCUUCGGCGAGCACGGGAGUGCGUGUUGUCCGCCCUGGCGACACUCUGGAACGAAUAGCUGUAGCUUCCAACACCUCCGUUCGGUAUCUCCAGAACAUCAACGGGAUCAAAGAUCCAAACCUCAUUGUUGUUGGACAGCCGAUCGUGACUGACAUCGACAAACUAAACAAACAAUCACUCCCGCUCCUUCCUUCGACGAUGAAGCAUACAGUCAAGGAGGGCGAAUCUCUUGCUGUCAUUGCGGACACUUACAACAGGACUAUCGACGAGCUCAUGUGGUUCAACAGAGGUCUCCUCCUUAGCCCAGAGUUGGUGUAUGCUGGGGAGGACAUUCUAAUCCCUCCUUUCGAGUCUCUAGUCCUCCGCACUCGUGCUCGCAACGCAAGCGGCGCCUUCCACUGGAAGACACCUGACCCAGGUUUACAAGCAGCUGAGGCCGAGCAAAAGAGAAGUUGGGGAACAAAGAAUCGCUCGCUCGUUUCGCAACGUGAGGACCGGCAGCAGCAGCAGCAGCAGCAGCAGAGUCCUCACAAGCGUUUGGGUUUGAUCGCCUCCUCUUCAUCUCCCGUCCAAAGCCAGAUGGGGAGAACGAGCAUGUCGAAGCCCCAGGAUCAAGCGCUUUUGCAGAGCCUUCGCCCUGCUCGCUCGCAGAGCUCUACCGUGGUGUCCCGUCAGCCGCAGGCUUGGCGCAAGCCCAAUGCUGAUGGAAGGAAAUCGGCCGCAGUUGAAGUUCUUGGAGGAAAGGCCCUGUACAAAGGGGGAGGGGUUUACCUCGAUCCCAUCACUAACGAGUUUAUCAUCUCAAAUCAGACCGGAACAAGCAUCGAUAGCAUUGAUAUGUAA